ACGUAUAUGAACUCAAGAUCAAAGUUACAUGCAGCCAACACAUUUUGUGAUAUAUCUCCUUUUCUGUUACGGAAAGAAGCUGCUUCUUUUUUUUGCACCAUUGCAAAUAUAUGUGUACCAUCAAUAGCUCCGACACAAUCCUAAAAAUAUAAUAAAUAUAUGAUCAAAAUAAUAAUGAUAUGAACAGGGAUCAAAAUAAUAUAUAUAUAUAUAUAUAUAUAUAUAUAUAGUAUAGUUAUAAGUACCUUAAAAUAAGGAUAAAAUCUUGUAUUUUCUCUAAUCUUUUGAGGUAUUCCGGGUCCAGCGGUAGCCAUGAAACUUGGUGAAAUUUGGUUUAAAGCUCGCAAAACUUUACGAAAGUUCUCACUUACAGCAAAUUUUGAUCUCUUAAAAGUAUCUCGUGUAUAGCAAUACCUUGCGUUUUGGCCAACUAUUAAGAGAAAAGAUGCAACCAUUUCUUCAAGGCUAAUAUAUCUUGUAUCGGUUAAACCUGUCUUCUCUCGGAUGAGAUUGCAUAACUUCAAGAAAAUAUCUGGAUACAUUCGGUAUAACUCUCUAAAAUUAAGAGGAUCUUCUUUCAACACACUUUCUAUAUAGUCUUGACCAGCUCUUGUGAUUACACGUCGAAUGGGACGUUCAAUUUGCAAUUGAAGUUCUCGUUGUCGCUUCUUCAAACACAUCAGCUGACGAAAAAUUAAGAGCACCAAUAAAGUAAUAUGGACAUCUAACUCCUCAUCUUCAUGUGACAUGUAUGUCUCUUUGUCAUCAGAAGUUUCUUGUUGCCCAAGAAACUCAGGAUUCAUGUUUGAUAAUGUCUACCUAUGAUAAAAAAAAAAAAAGGUUAAGCACGGCUGUUUGACGAGAUGAUCUUACUUUAUUUAUUUGAUCGUGCUUCUUUUCUUUAUUACUAAAUAAGCAACUAACUUAUAAAAUAAUGUAAAUUAUACAUAUCAAAAUUUUACAUUUGACAAAAAAAGAAUGUAAGGUUUCCAUUUAAAUAAGAAACUAAAAUUACGUAAAUUUAACAAAAAGUAUGCAAAUCUAAAAUUACGUAAAUUAAAAAAAAAGUAUGUAAAUUUACAUUUAAAUAAGAAACUAAAAGCACGUAAAUUUUAAAUAAAAGAAAGUAAAAAAAUAUAUGUAAAAAGGAUGGAUAGACAAUCACACAAGGUAAGGCUACAACGCUCUUUGAUUUAUACAUUAUGUAACAUAGUUUAAGCAACGAGUUUUACAUCUCUUGACCUGUCAUAGAGCAAAUCUUAUCCAAGCACAUAUUUAAUUAAUUCCAAUUUUGUUUGUUUGCAUAAUUGCAUGUUUUGGACAUGUUCAAAAGCUUACAACACAGUGGAAUUAUCAAUUUUGAAAUUAUAGAAAAGAAUGAUAAAAAAAUAAUUUUAUUAUAAAAAUCAAAAACCCAAACUAUAAUAAUAGCAAAAAAACCGCAGACUAUAAAACCCACAUCAGAUGAUAAAAAUAAAUAAAACCCCAUCAUAUAAAAUAAUAGCUAAUUCAAAACCUCAUGACAUUAUGUUUAAUCCAACCAUAACGUUCAUCAACGGACAUGCUAAUGAAAACAUCUUUCAUUCCUUAUUGAUGAAUUAUUUUAACUGCAUCAUGACGUACAUGGUCCUCCAAAUCAGAAACUUCUUUGAUUGCUUCCCAUAAGUUAUUCUUUUUUUUUUCUGCUUCUCUUUGUUCAGCUUCUUGCUUUUGUCUUGAUUCCCUUUCUUCUAUUAAAUUGAAAAGUUUCUGAGUGAUCGUUGUCAAAGCGUUAAUCUCAGAGGUAGCUUCUUCUACACCUUCUUUUUGAAUGGAUGGAUCAUCAGCUUUAUGAAGAGAAUUAGUUUUUUGUCUCUUUCGUAGUGGGAGCUUUUCCACAGUAUCAUUUGAAGGGCUGCCUAAAAAGGAUGAUUGUGAUUCAUAAUUUUCUUGAACAUUAAAAGAAAAUUCUUCACCAUUAUUUGGUUGUUCCUUUUCUGCUUCGGCAGUUUCAGUUGUUCGAGCAUCAGUUGUAUCACCCAAUCCAAUCGCGCUUCUGCCAGUUGCUAAAUUCCUUUCAAAUAUAACUUUGAGAUCAUCAAAUUCUUCAAAAGUCUCAUCACGAAAUUUUUUGUAGUUUGGAUGUGCCUAAAAUUAAAAAAAAAAGUUAAUACAAAGAAAAAAAUUUAUAACAAUAUAGUCUUACAUAUCUUUUUACCUUUAUAUAUUCAGUCCACACUUCAUCUGGAGCCGUAAACCGUUUUGUAGUUGCAUCCCAUCCGAACCCAGAACUAAAACGAAGAAGUUCAGCAGCAGCUAGAUACUUUGUUUUCAGAAUCUUCAUUCUGUUUGAGUAGUGCUGAAAAGUUUUGGUGCUCCCAUGCAUUUGAUUGAGAGUAGGUAGGAUUCUUCUCUCCACUGUGAAUUUGCUGAAUAGACCAUUACUAUCACGUAAACCUGCAGCAAUACAAUCUAAAAGUAGAUUUAUCAAAGUUUUAUUUUCUUGAGGACUCCAUUGAACAUAAGAACCUUUUCCACGUUCUUGUGGUUCUUGUUGUGAUUCUUCCAUUGAUGCUCUUUUAGGGUUUUAAAGUGUUUGUUUUUUGUGUUAAUUUUCUAAUGUAUAGUAGAGAUUAUAUAUAACUAUGAUACACCGACCACUACGAUAGAAAUAGAAAACAUAGGAAAAUGUAGAAAUUGGACAAUUGAAAAAAUAGAAAACUUUCAAAAAUGUGAUGAGUGCUCUCAAUGUUUUUAAAUGGAAAAGUUACAAGCACACAACCGUACAAAAUAAUCAUAUCUUUGUGAGUGCUUGUUAUAAUUAACGUAUGCAAUACAUAUAUACGAAACUUGGUGCCAAAAAGAUAUUAGGAAAAUAUAAUACAGAUUUGUCAAAAUAUCAAGGUUCAACUCAAUAUUUGCUCCUUUGUAUUUUUAACUUAAAAUCAUUCAUAAAUCCAUUCAAAUCUAACUUUAAAUCAAAUCUUCAAACAAAUUAUUAUUAUUGAAUAACACCUGAUUUUAAAAUCUAUUUUAAAAUCAUAAAACCAAUAACAAUUGAUUUGAAUAUAGAUUUUAAAAUCAUAUAACCAAUAACAAUGAAUUUGAAUAUGGAUUUUAAAAUCACAUAACCAAUAACACUUGAUUUGACUUGUAUUUUCAAAUCCAUUAAAAUAUAUGAACCAAUAACACCCCCUAAAAUAAUUUUAAAUUCAAGAAAUCAAAAAUAGAUUUUUUUAUUGUAAGAAAAAAAAAUUCUUUACAGAUAUAUAUAUAUAUAUAUAUAUAUAUAUAUGAUUUGAUCUUGGAUAAAUAUCAUGGCGAACAAAUAAUAUAAAAUUAUUUGAGAUAAGUGUACUAAGAUUUCUUAAAGAUUUUAAAACAUCUAAUUAUCAGAUUUACUGAUUUUCCUAGAGAAAAAAAUGGAAAACUUUUAAAAACAGAGAAAGGAAAAUAAUGGGAGGCUUGGUUUCCAAGUAAGUUAAAAAGGAAGAGUUUCGAAACAUAACAGUACCCAAUUAGGAGCUCUUUAGCCUUUACUCUCUCUUUAUAAAAUCACAUCAAAUUAAUCUCUAAUAAUUCUCAUCCUCUCCUCUUUCGUUUGCUUUGAGACCCUAAACUAUGUCGACGAGAAAGAGAGAGGAAAACACAGAGGGUAUGUAUUACGAUGAUCAUCUUGCGGCUGCGGAGAAAGAGAUAAGCUCGAGAAAUUUCUGUACCUUGGUUGAUGCGGCCGUCCUGUUAUAUGAAGAAGAAGCAGAAGCAGAAGCAGACCGUAUAUUAAAAUCGGGGACUCUGUCUGAAAAAGAAGAAGACAUCGAGUAUGGAUUUUUCAAUGCCUUCCCAAGGAAAAGAAGGAGCCCGUCGAAGAAAUUUCUCCGGUCACAAAGCCAUGAAACCCUUAAUGAAGCUUCUACUUCUUCAUCACUUUUCGACCUUAACAAGACCCCAGAUGAUUCUGAUACAGAAGAAGCUCCAUCGAACCCUCUUCAGUGUUUUUAUGUAACUGCUCAUCCUUCUUCUUCUUCAACCCUAACAGAGAAGACAAACCGCAAGAGACGUGCCCGGCAAGAGAAGCGUAACACUGGUGGUAAAUCCAAGAAAGUUAGGGUUCCUCCUUUUUCAUGGAAAGGUAGAGCUACUCCGGAGUGGCUGGUCAGUUUACUGGAAGCAAUGGCAGCAACGAGAGGAGAGCUUGUAACCGAAGGCCCGUGGCUCAUCUUUGAGAAGAAGCUGACCAGUACAGAUGUCGACCCGGCACAGAGCCGUCUCUUAUUGCCUUUCAACAGCCUAAUCCGUAACGACUUCUUGACUCCCGUGGAGUUGAGAAUCGUAGCAGAGCAUCAAGAUGGAAAGAACGGAGUUGGGGCGAUGCUAGUGGAUCAGCACAAGAAAAAGUGGGGUUUGAUUUUGAUGAGGAGGGAGAUGUUGAAAGGAGCAGGGAAUGGAACCUUGAACUAUGCUUUGAUCUGUGGGUGGAACGAUGUCGUUCAGGGUAAUGGUUUGAAAGAAGAUGACGACGUCAGUGUUUGGUAUUUCAGGUGGCGCGAACGUCUCUGCUUUGCCCUUGUUCUUCCUCCUCCUCCUCCUGACAUGGCACACAGUAGCUCAUCUCUUGAUCUCUCUGUCUGAAAUGUUUAUCAUGUCUGUUGUUGGUUGAUCUAUUCUCACUGUGAUCUAAUGUCAGGGGAUUGUUGAGGUUUUUCUUCGAUUUGUCACUAGGAGUGUGAUCUGUUGUUUUAGAUCUUUGCUAUUGUAUGAAGUUAACAAUUUAAUAUGAAUCUGGUAUCUUAUUUUGCUCUGCUUUAGUUACUGCAUUGAUUAAUUUAUUCUUUUCAUUUCUCGAAUAUGUCUCCAAGGAUAAACCUGUAUGGUGGAAUUGAUCUGAUCUCUCUAGUUUCAAUCGAACAAGAAAGUGGCAUAGUUAUAUAUAUUGGGGAUGCAUCUGCAGAAUCUUUGGGACCAUUUAGUGUCUCCUAACGUCCGCCAAACAACACCUUAACUAUGGUAAACGACAUUUUAACCAUUUUGUAGAACUUUACAAGGUUCAAUCAGUAAGAUAACGAGUUGAAGGUACCAUUUGAUCGUUAUGGUAACUGGUGUACUGCUUAAAAUGAUUAUCUAUCAAAUAGAAACUCCAUAAAUUAAUAGUAGUAUAAAUUAAUAAACAAUAUAAAUUAAUAAAUUCUAUCAUUUCUGAAUUAAACUAGUUUUAAAUAUAGCACAAUUCGAUAAACAAUAAGAUAAUAAAUUGUCAAAAUCCUUAUAUAAAUAUAUGGUCCAAAUAUAAACAUAAAUUAAUAGCUAAUAUAUAUAUAUAUAACAUAUAUAUAAAUUUGAAUAAACAUUGUACAAUUUAUUUUUUAUUUAUAAUUAAGUACAUCUUCAACUUUUUAAGCACUUAAAAAUAUUUUGAUGUUAUUUUGUCGAUUACACCUAAAAAUGCAUCUACGUUUUAUAGUACAUAUUUUCUACAUAUCAAAUAAUCAAAUGAGAAUACUAUAAAUUUAUAUCUGUAAAUAGAAGUCAAACUAUAAAUUUAUAUCUGUAAAUUGAAGUCAAUUUAUAUACCGUAAAAAUCAGUUAUUUUCCUAUUUUAAAAUAAAAAUAUAUUUCUAAUUUAUAAAUCAUGAAAAAUCUGUAGAUUCAUAAAAUAUAAUAAUCCAAACUUUUAUAAUUUAUGGAUUACUAUAUAAACAAAACGAGAAAAACAAUGCAUUCUAGAGAGAAUGACGCUAAGGCUGGGCAAAAAAAUCUGAAUAUGAAGAACCGAAAAAGAAAUACAGAAUCCGACGAAUUGGUUGAAUUUCCAAAUGAGUUAAAAAUUUUGGUAUCUAGAGAACCAGAAUCAAAUCCGAUACGAACCCAAUUAUUUCGGGUAUCCGAAUAGAUUGGAAUCAUAUUUUAUGAUUAAAUAUGUUAGUUAUUUUUAUAAUAUCAAAAAAAAUAUCUAAAAUGUAUAAGAUAUUUCGAAGCUGUCCAAAAUACUUGAAAAUAUAUCUCUACUAUAUAAAAGAGACUAAAUUGAAACUUUUUAAAGCUACUAGGGUUUGGCUCGUCCUACGGGCGGGUUAGCUACUGACCGGCCCCUUUCAAAUUUUACUUCGAGCGGGGUAUGCAAAAGUGUUAAUGUAUAUGUUAGGAGGUGUUUUGUCAAUUGACUUAGACUUCAUAUGUAUUUGAACGUAUGAGUUUAUUUGAAAGGUAAGAUGGUGUGAUCUGAUAUUUUUUGGUAAUGUAAAAUAGUGGCAUUGGUAUGAGGGUUGAGGGCAUGCAGUUAAAGGCGUUGUGUGAAGGACUUUUAAACUCUGUACUUUUGUGUUUUUUUUUUGUGUGAACCGUGAGCUAGUGGAGGAAGCCGGAAAAUUAUUUUGUUUUCCUUCAGGAGGAACUGUAGUGUAUAAGUAGUGGUGGUUGGGACUUUCUUUUCUUAAAGAAAAACUUCUUCACCAUUUAACAGAAUCAGUGUAUUGCCGGUAGUGGAUGGUAUAAAAUGAUGUAGAGGUUUACAACAUUGACGUCUAGCAGCCAUUGUUUUACUCGGAUCAACUAUUGGUCUGACUCCUAGUUUCUUCCUAACUAUCUCAGUUACAACUUGAGAGGUUCGUUUGUUUAUAGUAUUAAAUACAUGCUCAAGGGGGACCUAAGCUACUUCAACUGAGGCUGAACAUAUUUAUCAUUAACUGAUUAUCUUUUUUUUUUCUUUUCCAAAAGACUGAUUAUCUAUGACUAUAUGACUAACAUAAAAUAUGUCUUUCAAUUACUCAAUUUGUCGGCCUCAAUAGCAAGCAUAAGCGUUACUCUAGGCGACGAUACUUCGACGGUUUGUAACACCUUCGGAGUCGUUGACUUCGUCAACUCAUCACCUGCACAUCCAUCAUUAGUAGUUUUUUUGGGCCGUUAUUUAAAACGUAGAACAUUUUAAACGUUGAUGCGUCUAUAAGAUUGGUGUUGUUUUCAUUUCUUUCACCAUGAAAGAUGUUUUAAUAGUUUAUACAUAAAUAAGUAUAAAUAUGUUUUAGUUUUAGUUUUUUUUUUUAAAUAUCUGUUUGAUAAUUGUGUUGCUAAUUAUUUGUUUUAUUUGAUGUCAGUAUUUAUGUUCACAUUAUUUCUUUUUAGUUCUUCUAAUAGUUUGUAUUGUGUUUAUUUGACUAAUAAAACACAUCUCUAUAUUUUGAUGCAUAUGUACUUUUAAACAGCGUUUAAUUGAUGUAUCUUGUAAUUUAAUUAUUUUUAUAAUGUAGUUUUAUACAACGUAUGUAUUUUGUAAUUUUUAUCUUUAAAUCAUGAUUAAAAAGAAAUAUGUGGACCUUUAUGUUAGUAUAGCUUUUUAUUUUCUUUAUUCUGCUAAGUUAAUUUUUCUAAUACUUUUUGAUCAUGUACGAUUUGUAAAUGUGGUUGCAUAUUAUUUAUUUUCUCUUUUGAGUGCAUUGAUCCAAAGACGUAAAAUUUCUUGAGAUUCAGUGUUUUUUUAUUAGUUCUUAUUUGAUAAGUUGUGAAAAAGAGAAGAUCAUAAUGAAUUAUAAUACAUUUGUUUUUACCUUUUUUAUAUUUUAUUAUUUUUAAAAUAGUUAUUAAUUUUUCAUUAGACUAAUAUCGUUUUAUGGGAAGGUGAAUGUUUUAAGUUUGGUUGGAUUUGAGAAUAUAUCCUAAAUUAUUAUUUAUGUUAAAUAAUUUUAAGUAAAUAUAGAAGAGAAAUAUAACAUUUAUUUAUCAGUAUUAGUUGUUCGUUGUUUUACACAAUCAUCACCAUUACUAUUAGUCGGCUUUUUCGUUCAGUUUAGUCUGAUUAACAAAUUUAAAUAUAAAACACAGUAAGGAUUAUACAGAGAAAUUUUUUUUUCCUUGUCACUGUCGUCGCUACGUCAUUCGAGCUUCCUCAAUGUUAUAGUUUGUUCAUACGCUUAAAUUUUCAUUUUCUUGAUCUUGUUUGUGUUGCUUGUGCUGCUUUUGUUACAGUUUAAACUUGACCAAAAUAAGACAGAUGAAUCAGUAACAUCCUUUUAGAUGGUAGGAGUGGUUUGGGGAGUAUGUAACUUGAUUGAUCUUUUAAACCAUCUAUACCUUUUGUAUUUAUGGCGGGUCUACAACGCAAUAUCUCUCGAUUCUACAGCCAAAAUUGUCAUUGUUGGCUAUGGAUUCAAGUAUUUGUGCAUCAUAUUGACCAUUGUUGACGACCUUGUGAGUUUCAAAACUAUUAUAGCAAAAACUGGAGGUAUACCGUUUAAAAGAAUACUCCAUUGUAUUAAAAAUAUUGGCUUCAAUAAUAAUGCAGAGAAUGGAGAUAAAACUCUGAGGGGAAGUUUGAGUUAGUGUAGUUUCUGUUGGCUUCUUUUUGUUCUGGAGUAUGAAAAUCUGUUGAUAUCUCUUAAUAACCUUCUCUAUUUCCAUCAUCAUCUCGUAUUUGCAAAUGACAUGAGUUGUUUGUAGCUCCAGAGGCUGAAGAGCUAAAGCGGUACCGGAUUAACAGUCUUCAAUCAUUUUAACAAACUGGGUGAGGCAGUGAAAUUGAUAGCGAUGGUUGCAUCUGAGAGCUCCUUUUUCUUGCUUAUUUAGCUAUAAGCAUGGGAAAACAUCAAUAAAGAGAAUAACAUUUUAAAAAAAACAUAUCCUAAUAAGGAACCUCGUUAUCGGAAAUUUCAUUGUUCUUCAGCGCAAUAGCUACAAAGAAAAGCUCAAACGUGAACUUUUUAGGUUAUUCAACUCUAUUCCACUUGAAAUAUUUAAGAUACUUAAGAGCUCCUUCACGCCUAUUAAUCUAUAAACAUGGAAGAAAACAUAGAGUGAGAAUCACAUUUUCAUAUCCUAAUAAUGAACCUCAUCACCGGUAAUUUCUUUGUUCCUGAGAUGUUGCAAACUUAGUCACAAACCCAUGUGUACAUCUAUAUAUAUAGAGGAUACAAACAAAAAAUCUCUUUGUCACAAAAUAAACUAACAAUAUAAAAGCCUAGAUAACAAUGCCAAGGUAUACCUUUUACAGUCUUCCAUUUCGUGAUUCUCAACGAAGAAGCUUGAGUAAGAGACAAAUGUGGAUCCCAUAACACUUCAUUUUCAUCAUCAUUGUCAUAAAGAAUGCUUUUUAUCAGCUUUAUUUUUGCUUCUGAUUUCUCCUCUUAUCCCGCCAUUUGGAAUAUUACUAUGUGUUAUAACAAAGUUCACAUCCAUGUGAAGCUAGCUAGAGAUUACCCACUGUUCAUAAAUAAUUUGGCCUCUUAUACCCUAUUCAUCAAAUCAACGAUCUUGCAACUGAUUCAUUUUGUUGGUGUAAACAUGGCUAUUUUUCAAGUGGAGAUCACUUGCAAAAGUAACAAAGCAAUAGGCAAAUCUUCAAGAACAAAAACGUAACUAAAAAAGAAACUAUUAUCUUUGUUGUUUGGGAAGUUUACAGCCUCUUGCGAGCCAUUCUCUGCUACCAUAAGUUUGCCACUGUGACUACUACUCGAGCCUCCACAGGUACCAUAUUAACGUUGCUACAUCUAUCAGAGCAGUGAGUAAUUUUAUCCAGUGGAAUCACUGAUGCAAUGUUUCAAACUUUCUUUAUUAGUCCUCAAUGUCACCACUCCUAUUAAACCUAUAUAUGCACCAAAAAUCCAAACAUCUUGACUCUUCAUAAAGUACCAAUCUUGAGUUAAUCCAAGAUUCUGUUACGAUAUUUUUGAUCAGUAUAAAAGAAAUAGCAACAACGAUAUCAAAACCAAAUAUCCGUCAAAACUUUAAAUGCCCAAAAUAUAUAUUUUUAAGUUGCUAAACCUGUGGUUACGCCGGCAGUGAGUAUCCGCAAAGGUCGCCGGCGGAAGUAAUCACCACAUCGUUUUAGCCAUCUGCUCAUCCUUCCCAGAGCGCAAAGACGUGACAGUGGCUGCUGCAAUAGUAGUAACAGCUCUAGCCACACCAGAGAACAGCCUGGAUUCAAUGAUCUUGAUGAAAACAAAAUAGGAGACAAAAUAUUAAGAGCAAAAUCAAAUCAGAAGCAGUCUUUUAAGAAUAUACAGUAAAAAGAGAGAGAGAUGUAUGAGCGAUUUAGGGGUUUUGAGAGAGAUUUGAUGAGGAAUCAGUGGAAGAUGAAUGGAUGCUUCAGAUCCGUUCGAAGAAGGUAGCCGACUUUUGAUUUUGGUUCAAAUCCAUCGAAAUAAUAUCAAUUUAUAAUAAUCUCUUGAAGACUCUUCGUAUGAUCGUAAAUCACAUGAAUCAUAUACGACGAAAAUGGAGAUGAAGAGUCUGCGAUCCCUUUCAUCAAAGUUGGACGCUCUGGUGAUGUGGCAAAAAUCUGAUUUUCUAUUGGUUGAUUAUUUGUGAGGACGUGGACAGCAUGAGAGGAGCUCUUAUUCAACUUUUAGUAUUGUAUUGAUUCACCUAUGAUAAAAUAUUCAUAGCCAAUAAAACUGACAUGUCAUCAUCAAUCUCAACACAUGUCACUUUAAAAACACUUGACUAAACCGAUUUCUUUAGAUUGAGCUUUUGUCGUGUUUUUUUCCAGGGCCAGUGCUCCGUGUGGGCCUGUAAAAUAUUUAUCUCUCUUAAGUCUUAAAAAGUUUCAUUUUUUUUUAUCCCAUAUAGUUUUGAUAUCUUCCCUAUUUAGCUCUCACCUCCUUCUCCCUAUCGUCGUCCAUGGUGAAACUGUAACGUCAAAGAUUCCACUUCAUCAUUCCAAGUUACGUUUUGCUUCGUAGUUAUACCAAGCAUUAAAGAUUACCACUAAACCCACUAACUCCACUUUUUAAAACCUUCAGCGUCUAUAUUCCGUAUAUAUAUAUUGCUCUUGAGAGACCAUGAUUCGUCUUUUUAACUUUGCCGAAAUCAGAUUUUGUGUCCUACCACACAGAACCCCUUCGAACAUCAUGACCUCUCAAAUUCCUUUCUCAGAGUUGAAGGCAGGCUGAUGUAGACAAGUUGUUGAGACAAGGCUGCUUUGAUUUUGUGAGGCUCAGAAUGUGAAGAAAGGGGGCGAGCGUAUGGCUGUUGAUAUGCUGCUCAUUGAUGGGGAGUUAAGCCGGUUCAUUAUUCCAGUUAUUACUUUAAGGUUUUGAGCUAUUGAUGUUAACAUCUCCUGAAAGAAGAAUCGGCUUAUGAAAAUGUUUUUGAUGUUGCAAGAAACAGCCCGAGCUUCAAGUUUGGUGAUGCCUCAGUUGCUAUUAGAUUCACAGACCAAACCGUAUUCUUGAAGAUUCAGAAACAGCUGAACCUGUUCCGCCUGAGAGUUUCCGAUUCCACAAUUAAGAAUAACUCAUGGUGCUAGCCAAUAUGAACAAUGAUCUGCCAGGUUAGUUAGCCUUAUAAUCCCAUAGAAGUAUUGUAGUAAAGUUUGUAUUCAUUUUUGUUUUUGUAAGCAGAUGUUGUUGGGGAAGUUAAGGGUAUUAGAACAAUUUUCAACAAGGAGACACAAAGUAUUCAACGCAUCACAGUUACCAUAAUGAUUGAGAAUUAUGUGAGAAGUCUCUUGCUUUAAUUGUGUCAAGGUUUCUAUUUUUUCAAACUUGAGCAUACACACUGCUCUAACUUUAUCACUUUCCAGUGAAACAAUUGUCUGCGAGUGUAUUGGACGGCCUUGCGAUUGCGAAGCUCUUGGAUGAACUGUUGAUAGCCUCUGGUGUAGAACCUAAGGUGUUAUUAUCUACCAAUGUCAAUCCAAAGUUAGUUGGAGCCUUGGAGGUGAAAGCCUACACUCUUAUGGUGACGAUGAUGAUACUGCUGUCUACAUUAUUUUACUUAAACAACCUCUGUUUGUUCAUCUAUUUGAGGAGAAGAGCUUAAACAAGUUACACAUAGACACAGAGAGCUAAGCAUGGGCACGCCACACUUCUAAAUUCAAACCAAAAUUACAACCAUGGUACUGAAAAACUAUUUCUUUUUAUGUUUCACUAGAUUCUAUUGGUAGCUUUAGUUAAACCCUUAUGUAUUGCUUCAUUUUAGUUAAGCGAUUCCAGGAAACAUCAUGGGAGGGGGGAGGUCAAAGCGACCACUAUCUAUUGAUUAAACUCAUUAUUCUUUCUUGAGAAAUAUUGAAAGGAGAAAAGUAUAUAAAGCCUUAUACCUACAAUUAUCUGCUCAAUGGUUUAGCUAUCUUUUUUAGCUCACAACAAGUAUGUAUAUAGUUCUUGAUCAUUGUAUAAUAAGAUUUUCUACAACUUAUUUUCUGUCAGCUUGCCUUGAAAAGAACAACACCUGCUCAUGAAUGGCCUGGACAAAAUCGGUUACAAUGCUACUGUGAUGGCUGAAGGACAAACAGGUCCGCCAAUGAUCCAAUAGAGCCACCUGUUUCUGCUGGUUACAAUGGAGAGGAAGAUUUAACUGUAGAGGAAGGGUGCUCCACCAAGAAUACUCGCACCGACUAAGUGUUAACACCCGGUUUGAUUGUGACUCUUAACUGUCUUCCAAGAUUCGACACGAAGCUUGACAACUCCGACAUCAAUGGCCUACCACAAAGCUUGGAUCUCUUGCUAUUGCAGUGGGUGCAUAUGAUGUAGGGAAACUGAAUUUGGAGCUUGAGGUUCGAAUGAUAAGUGUCUGCAUUCAGCUUGGUUUUAAGGACCAACCAGACACUGACACACUUCUGUGCAAGGUCUUUCAUCAAGAUAUCCAUAGGAUAGGAAUGACAAAGGAGGACAAGGAAUCUCAAGUUUGGCAGUAUAAUCUAAGAUGAUGUAAAGGAUCUUUCUGAUGUUAUUCUUUUUCUUCUCUUAAUUUGUUAGCCGGAUAAUUUUGUGCGUAUGUCGUAUGAUGAUAACAUUUUAUCUAUGAUUGUAAAUAUCUAAUAUGUAUAUUUGAUGUCUUAA